AUGAAGAACUCUCUGCUUAUACACGCCCUGGCUGGCGGAGCCGCAGCCAGCCAGAUGACGCUCCCCUUCAUCGACAAUGCCGCCAUAGUCGCCGCCGUCGACCCAGCCGACCCGGGCUUCAAGGUCUGCUCGGUGGCCAACCAGAAGCUGCAAGUGUGCGUCCGCCGGGCCGGCGGCUCCGGCGGCUUGGCGACGGCGGCCCCGGACGAGCUCGCUCAAUGUGCCUGCUGCGAGGGCAAUCGUCCCGUCGACGCCGCCUAUGCCUCCUGCUCAUCGUAUCUGGUCGAGGCGGAGCCCACGCUGUCGACUGCAUACUCGGCUUUCGGCAGACUCUACGAUAUCUGUGCCGCGAACAGAGGUGUGUGCAGCGGCAGAGCUGUCUCGGCCACGGCAGUCUCCGGCACCGCAACCGCCAAGCGACUCACGACAGCCAGGGGGGCCGAACCCACCGCCUCCUACGCGCCAGCCUGCAACUCCUUGGGCGGCCUGUUUGAGUCUUGCAGCAUGGAGAUCCCAGGCUUCGCAGACCUUCCCUUCGGCCGCCAGGCGCCAUGCUACUGCUGCAUCACCGCCCGAGGCCAGGUCAGCUGGACCGAUGAGUUUGACAAGUACGCCCAAACGUGCCGGGACUGGGCCAGGGACAGCGGGCCCAAAUCCAUCUAUACGCUGGCCAGGUCAUUUGCGACCUUCUGCCGCAGGUUCAGCGAUGCUUGCUCCUCGACCAACGCCCUAUCCUUGACCGAGGCGACUGCAACGACCUCCACCGACGCAGAGGCCACCGACGACGCGACCACCACGCCCGGCGGCGGCGCGGAUCAGGCCAGCCGUACGGCUUCGACUGCUGCUUCUUCCUCGACCGGAUCUGCCGCCUCCAACAUGCGCGUCGGCUCUGCUGCCGGCUUCAUCAUGGUCGCCGCCGCCGUCGUGGUUGCCAUCUAG